GGAACGGAAGGGCCGGGCGCGGGGUGCCACUGAGAAGAGGGCCCCUCGCCGGAGCGCUCCGGAGCGGCUGCCGGCCGGGCGGUGCCAUCCCGGGGGGCAGGAAGGGCCCCACCGGGAGAGCGAUGAGCGGCCCCCGGGAGGAGCGGGAGCGGCACGAGAGGCUGCGGGAAGCGGCCGCUCUGGGGGACCUGGAGGAGGUUCGGCGCCUGCUGCAGAGAGGGGCCGACGUCAACUCCCCCAAUGAGGUCAACGGCUGGACUUGUUUGCACUGGGCAUGCAAACGGAAUCAUGCUGAAGUGGUCUCUUGCCUGAUUGAUGCUGGUGCUGAUAAGGAGAUUCUCACAGCUAAAGGAGAACUGGCAGCCCAGUUAACGUCAAAGAAAGAAAUCAGGAAGAUUAUGGGAGUGGAGGAAAAUGAAUUUCAAGAAGUGGAAGACUUAAACUUGCCAAUUGUUGCAAACUACUUGGCCAAUCCACCCUUCCCUUAUGUUUACACUAAAGAAAACAGCAGCAUUCCAUCCAUUUCAACAGCAUCCCAGAAUGAAAGCACGUCCGUCUCUUCUGUUUCUCCGUGUGAAACUAGUCCUUGUUCAUCAGCAACUCAGGCCAAAAGCAUUUGCACACCCACGUCAUCACACAGCGAAGAUGGUUUUCCUGUGGCACACUCUAAGGAAGGCCAGCCCACCCCAUCAGCAGACAUGGUGCCAGAAUAUCCAAAACCUAGAGUCCAGAAUGGCUCCAUUUGUCAGCCAUCCAUGUCGCAUAAUAGAGGCCUCUUUUCUCCAGUAGCAUCUAAACAGCCUGUACCUCAGCAACAGGAUGGCUCUCAUACUGGGGCUGCACCGACAUUUCAGCCACUUUUCUUCACUGGAACUUUUCCAUAUAAUAUGCAAGAACUGGUGCUUAAGGUAAGAAUUCAGAACCUUAGGGAAAAUGACUUCAUUGAGAUUGAAUUAGACAGACAAGAACUGACCUAUCAGGAUCUACUCAGAGUCAGUUGCUGUGAAUUGGGUGUUAAUCAAGAGCAAGUGGAGAAGAUUAGAAAGUUACCAAAUACGUUGGUAAGAAAGGACAAAGAUGUUGCAAGACUUCAGGAUUUUCAAGAACUGGAGCUGGUUCUAAUGAAAAGUGACAACUCUCCUUUUAGAAAUGCUGCGUCAACACUGACGGAGAGGUCUUGCUACAAUAGUAAAGCAUCAAAGCUGACUUACUGAGCUUUCUAGAAUGUGAGAAUUAUAUGCUGCUGUCUUCUGAAGCAGUGGAUUAAUUGUGUGUGAAACCUUAAGUUAUUGUUAGGGUUAAUAUUUUAACUAGUAAUAGUAUAUCUUUGAUAUUUACUAUCCCUUUCCAUUUUUUUAACUUUAUAUUGUAUUCAGAUAAAGGGUACCUCAUUUGUCUAUUAAGCCGACAUGCAUCAGAUACAAGUCAAUGAAUUUUAUUGGUUGUACUUGGCAUAAGAAGACAGCUGGUCAACUGUUGGCAUGAAAAGUAAAGACUUCUAGAAAAAUCAGGCACAGUUAGAUAUCUAUAUUUUUUUUGCAUAAAUUAUAAAUUUGUGCUUCUCUGGCUUGUGGCCCCCUUGAAAAUGUAAAUACUGCCCUUAUUUCUCAGACUCCUCAAGGUGCAGUCUCUCUCUGCUGUCAUCAAAACUUUUAAGUGAACCAAUGAAGGAUGUAAGGGUUUGUGUUAGAGAGUUUUCAAGAAUUUGGUUUUGUACUGCUUUCUCCUUCCUCAAACUAUUCAAUCUAUGAACAGUCUCACAUCCAUGUUUGGGAAUGGAGUUUAGCUGUCUGAUUACUGUACACAGUACCUGGCUCACUGAGUCUCUUACAACUGCCCUAAGUGUGGGAAUAAAUAUUAAUUCCUAACAUCAAAUACUUUCUGGGGCGCUAUCAAAACUGCAAGAAAUCUGAACAUAUAUGGGCCUGGAAAAUCCAUAAAGAUGAAGGCAGAAUUACUGCUCCACACAAAAGGAAAAAAGGACAGAAGGCCCUAAGUGUGAAGUAGCAUGUCAUGCUGUCUUCUAGAGCAGUGGUAUUUCCGGCUCCAAACAGUCCACAGAACACCCAUUAUAACAACCACACAGGGACAGCUUGCUAAAACCAGAUUCCCAGAUGUCAAACUGCCAUUGAUGUUUAUUAAACCCCUUCAUUUCUCUUCUCCAAACUAAUAGGUGACCCAACUGAACAAAAUGGGAUAACUUUUAAUAUUUUGUUCUUAAAAUACUAAUUUUUUUUUUAGAAGUAAAUCUGAGCUGCACUGUUGAACAAUUGUAUUAGAUCAUCAAAGCAAAUGAAAGUUACAUAUGUGGUUGUGCUUAAAAGGACUGUAUAUUUACAUUAUUUUUGUGGGUGUCAAUUGCUUUUAAAAACCUAUAUACUUCUAAAAGAAUUCAUUCCCUAACACUUGUCCACUUGGCAAGCAUUAAUUACUCCCUAUGAUUCUAGUAGUGCUUUAAUGAUUUUUUAAAAAUCUCUUCUAGGAACUAGCCUCAUUGAUGCUAACAGUUCAGGGAAUCUGGGUUAAAUUCAGCAUCCUGUGCACUAGGAGCACAAUACUAGAAAAUAUUUGUUGUUGAGAAGUGGAAGUAUUAACUCCAGAGGAGACAGUCUGCUCUGCUUAGCCAAACCCAGUUAAGGGAACAUGUGAAUGGAAAUAGAGGCAUCAUCAGAAGCAAUUAACAUAUUUACUUGGAGCUGUUUUUAAAUUGAUUCUGUAUGACACAUUCUUCCCACCACUGUUGCAUUAUGUUCCAUGAGCUGAUGUCACUUAAAGCCUGUCAAAAGCUUCAGCCAGUUGAGUAAUCCAAAUAGCUUAAUGUUGCUGGAUGCUUUAUGCACUAUGUUAAAAACUUGAAUCUCAGCCUAGUUGAGCUCUUAAUUUUUCAGAGCUUAUCCUGGGCAGUGUUAAUUUAAAACAUGUAUCACAUUUGCUACCAAAUACUCUAUUUUCAAGUUGUUUUUUCUCCCAAGGAGCCUGGGCUUACUUUUGUUGCUGGAAGUACUUAUCUCCAGCAGUUCUCAAAACACUCGGCUACCCUGAGACUGAUGAAGGCCAGGCUGAUGUGCAGAAAAACUAGAAAUGGCAAUUCCAGAUUGAGUAGGAAAUAUGACCUUUCUUAUGACAAACAAAAACACUUCCUACCAGUGUCUUCCAAUUAAAAGCGUAACCUAAUUUAUAAGAGCUCUACUAUUGAGUCCAACGCUAUUUCUUUAUUAAGCUAUACUAGAGCAGCUGCCUUUAAAUAGCUUCUUCCUGCACUACUACCCCAAGAAGAACUUGAUACAACAGUAGGGAUUAUUUUUUAUGCGGCUUGCAGUGUAUAAUAUUGGAAAUGAUUUAGUGUAAUACACUGCAUAGGGGGAUAGCUUCCCCUUGCAGUAGCUGCUGCUCUUUUUGACCAAUAUGUUUUCACAUGCUGAACAACUGAUGGCACAUUUUGGUUUAUUAAGUAGACAUUUCUGAAUUUGACUAGACAAUAAUAGAAUGUGGCAAAUUGUUUUGCAACAUGACAGGUAAAAUCCAAAAUAUAAAGAUGUUAAAGUUAUUAGCACUUUCCUUUUGAUCACUGGAUGCUGUUUAAUUGGUUUAAAAUUGAUUACUGCAUUCUAGGUCCUUUCCCUAUUCCAACUAACACUCCACCAAUGAAAGCCUCCAGUGAUAUGCAUCUGUGGUCUAAUCCUUCUGCCAUCUAAUCCACUCUGCCAGUACUCUCCCCUGUCCUGUCCAUACAGUGGCUGGACAAGCGCGUAAGGCCUGAUUCAACUUCUACUCACCUGAAGGCUGCUAUUGACAUCAGUACUUAGUCAAACCUGAUUCUCCCUGUGGUGGGGAUUUGGCCUACCUACUUGCCACUGUAGUGCAGGGGUUAUUUCAAAGUGAAUGCUAAACUGUUUGGAAAAAACAGUAGCUAUGUAGCUCAAAAUUAAGAGUAUUCACAGCUAGUUUUGCAGAUCCUCUGGUUUAAUGCAUGUAGGACAGUCACUUUUACAUAAACAACGUAACAGAAUUGUCCAGUAACUAAUGGAAGCGAUUCUAUUUCAAUAAGCUUUAUUUCCUCUAAUUCACAACAACUGUUAACUUGAUAUGCAACACAACCUUUGCUAAAGAACUACUGACUGUAAAAAUAAUAGUGCUGGUAACUGAGCAAAUCUAUGCAUUCAGAGAAAUAUUUUUGUAUGUUUUAUGAAGUUUGAUAAAAUUUAAAGCACACUAA